UUUAUUCUUAGGCAAUACGAAGCAAAUAGAAGAAAAGAUAAUGGUUAUCAAAGAAAUAUACAUGCACUUGAAAAGAAAUAAUGCUUUCAUAAAAGAAUUUAGCAGCAGAACACAUUUAUUAAAACUGUUAUUUAAACUCUUAAAUUCUAAUGUCCCUGAUUUAAGUAUAAAAAUUAUUGGCAUUUUAUUAAAGAUGAAAGUGAAAGAUAACAAUUUGACAAAUAUCUUUAGAUUAGCUUUUAAACUAAUGAAAGAAGAUUGUUGGUCAAAAUAUGAUGAUGACCAAGUAAUUGACAUAAUCCUUGAAAGUAUGAAUGAUAUAUCCAUCGCAACUAACAAAGGAGCAACUAUAUAUUGUUUAAAAAUUUUGAAACAAAUAAUAUGUUCAGAGGACUUGAACUGUGGACUGGUUGAAAAGUGCAUAAUUGUUAUAUGCCAUCAUUUAAAAGAAAUAAAUCAUUAUUUUUGUAUGGCAAAUGAAUGGGAUUAUAACAGUAAUCAAAUCAUCAUCCAGUUCUUGAUGCUUCUACAUUGUUCAGCUGGAAAUGAGAAAACUAGAGGAAUCUUAAUUAAGUGUGACUCUCUGCAUCAGGUAUUGAAAACACUUCACAGUUUUUAUGAACAUGCUGACAUAGUUCAAAUAGCAGUAAGAUUUAUCAGCAAAUUUCUAGAUACUGAAGGUAGCAAAGUUUUAAAACUAAUUAUUANUUUUUUUUCUUCAAAGAAUCUAUGGAAAGCAACUAUGAUAUUGUUUGACAUUGCAUUGCAAGUGACUUUUAUUAUUGGGAAUUUGGUAUCUGCAAAUGAUAAAACAGCAUUUAUCUUCCUAAAGUCACCUAAUUUUAUAAACAUCAUGGUUGAAGUUUUAGAUGUCUAUGUUAAUGAGCAUAUUCAAUUCAAAGAAAAUGUAUCUGAAUGUUUUAGAAAUUCUAAUUCUAGUGGGGACAGUAACUGGACAAAUGAAAUUUUUGAAGUUAUUUUAAAGGUGUUAUGUGUUUGGGCUAAUAUUUGCCUGAGUCUAGAAGUUGGUACUUACUUGGCUUCUGAAGAACUUUUAAUUUCACAUUUACUGUCAGUUAUUGGAGCCUACGCAGAAAAAGCCUCUGUAUAUGACACAAAUUUUGCUUUAUAUUCAUUCCUUGUUGUAAUUGGCAACAUUGCUUAUUACUUACCUAGUUCAUCAGAUAUCUGCACUUCAAUUGCUGAGUGUGUGAUAACACUUCUCGAUUCUUCUUUCUCCCAUGAAGUUCAAUUAGAAUCUGCCAACAUCAUUCGAAAUUUAACAAGACACCAAGAAGUACGCAAGUUUAUUCAAGACAAUUCACUAUUUCCUGAAUUCAUGAAACUACUCAAUGCAAGUGAUAAAGAAUUUAAAACAGCUGCAUAUGGAAUUAUUAUGAACCUUUUAAUUGAUCAAAGUACACAUCAAAUGUUUUAUCAAGAACAAGGUAUAACCAG